AUGACACAACAUCGACCAGACGGGGACGUCUCGCCCAUGGACGUUAGUCCUCGCUCUGCUUCGCCAUCGAACCCUAGUAUCCUACCUACUACUCCUGCCCCGAAACGAAACCCCGAUACUCUCCAGCCUCCAGAGAUCAAAGUCCCCGAUGCCAGCGCAGAAACAAAACUGGCUUCGGAGGGGUUGACGUCAGGCCAAGAAUCAGUCCCUACAUCGGCCAUACCGAAGUCGACACCCGCUUCCACCAAAUCGCUCAAGGACCAUGGCAUCAAUGACCGAGACUUCGGCCAUGGAAACAAUCAGGUCCCUUCCAGGCCCAGCAUACAGCUCACAUCUGCUGAUGGCGUCGACACUCCUUCAUUCGUACGAGGCAACUCAUGGGAAGAACCAGAAACUCCAGGCAAAUCCCGAGGUGCAUCCCUGAUGUCAAAACUCAAGGCGCUCACCAAUAAUGGUGGUAUGCCAAAUCCAAAGCCACCAACUGUCGCUGGACCUUCCAGCCAAGGCACCCAAUCCAAUAUCAAUUCUCCGACACGACCGAACCGCGGCGUUCCUGGAACUUUGACGGAGGAGGAUACCGAUGCUGAUGCUGAUGCCGAGGAGACAGCAGACGAAGGCAACCCUGAAGGCGAUAUGUCAAAAAAGAAGAAGCAAAAGAGGAGGAUGCGUCGCACAAAGAAGGCCAACACCUCAACACCCGGAACACCCAGGAGAUUUGCCAACGAUACCGACGUAUUGGAUACCUUUGAUCAAAUGGUCAAGCGCCGUGCAAGUAUGCCCGAUACCACCACUGCCCCCGAAUAUGGCGUCUCAGAGGGUGAAGGCAGAGAUCGCUUGGGAAUGACCUUCCGCAGAGGUAACUCUUGGAUGACCUCAAAUUUACGCCAUGCUAGUGAAGAGGCCGACGAGGUCGAGAGUCCCGGAACUGUUGGAAGACGAGUGGGCCAUGUUCGCCGAAUUACUGUGUUUGGUGGUGGAGGUGUAUCGGAUGGCGACGCCAUGACCCCCAGACGUCCAUUCUUCAACUCCGAACGGGCGUCAACGUUUGGUGCGCAGAAGUGGAAGCAAGUCAAAAAUACCCUCAAAUUACUACGUCAGAAGAAGGAAGAUCGUUUUGAUUACUUCAAGUCGGCGGAACUGAUGGCUGAAUUGCGGGCUGGCGCUCCCGCUGUUCUUAUGCUUGCCAGUAUGAUUCAAAGGGACGAACACGGAAACAAGAGGAUUCCAGUUCUCCUUGAACAGCUCAAGCUCCGUAUUACGGACAGCUCUCCCAUGGAGGAUGACGAUAGGGAUCGACACUGGCUGUUUACCUUUGAGCUGGAAUACGGAAGUGGACCUAGCAGAAUGAGCUGGAUCGUAAUUCGGACACUUAGGGAUAUCUACAAUCUGCAUCUGCGGUACAAGUUUGCUAUCAACAACGAUAAGUACAUGCCUGGACGUAUGGACUUGGGUGGCCGACCAAAGCAGCCCAAAUUCCCCUACUCAGCUUUCCCUUACCUUCGCGGUGCCCGUAAGAAGGGCGAGGAAACCGACGAUGAUGAUCAAGCUAGCAUUCGUGGUGAGGAGACGGCUGGCGAAGGCACAGCCACAGAGGCGGCAGGAGACGGCGUCUUCAGUGACCCUGAAACACUUGGUGGACUGCCACGAAGAAAGUCUCGCAAUUUCUUGGGCAUGGGCCCGAGACGCAGAUCAACAGGCAUAACCGAUCCUGGUGAGAUGUCAAACACUGAAGGCACUGGAUUGCCUCUCGUAGAUAUGGCCACGAAGAGGCAGCGUUAUGUUGACAAGCAGCGACGUAUCCUGGAGAAGUAUCUCUCUGAGAUGAUAAGAUGGCUCAUGUUCAGAGCUGAUAGCAACAGACUUUGCCGUUUUCUGGAGCUCUCUGCCCUUGGCGUUCGCCUCGCUGCGGAAGGCAGCUACCACGGAAAGGAAUGCUUUCUUCAUAUUCAACCUUCGAAGGGUCUCGAUUUCCGUCGUGCUCUAGCGCCGGCCAAGGUCAUUUCCCGACAGAGUAGGAAGUGGUUCCUGGUACGACAAAGCUACAUCGUUUGUGUGGAGUCUCCGGAGAACAUGAACAUCUUCGAUGUGUAUCUUGUUGACUCGAAAUUCAAUAUUUCGUCUAAGCGAAACAAAGUUAAUGCAAUUGGUUCUGGCGAGAAGAAGGAGAUCGAUUUGACUGUCGAGGCACCUCCCGACAAGCACCACACUAUGACUUUGCGCUCAUCCGAACGCAAGGUGCGCCUUUUCUCUCGAAAUCAAUCUGUCAUGAAGCAGUUCGAGGACUCCAUCAAUCAGAUGCUGAAGCAGACUCCAUGGUAUAACAACAAGCGAUUCGACAGCUUUGCCCCGGUGCGAACCAAUGUAUUCGCCCAGUGGCUCGUCGAUGGACGCGACUACAUGUGGAAUGUCUCUCGAGCUAUCAACAUGGCUCGCGAUGUCAUCUACAUACAUGAUUGGUGGCUAAGUCCUGAACUCUACAUGCGAAGACCGGCUGCUAUCAGCCAAAAGUGGCGACUGGAUAGACUUCUGCAAAAGAAGGCUAGGGAAGGUGUCAAAGUCUUCGUCAUCGUUUACCGAAACGUCGAAGCGGCCGUUCCCAUUGAUUCGGAAUAUACCAAGUUCUCACUGCUGAACCUGCACCCUAACAUUUUCGUGCAGAGAUCUCCCAACCAAUUUAAGAAGAACCAGUUCUUCUUUGCCCAUCAUGAGAAGAUCUGCAUCGUGGAUCAUGAUGUAGCAUUCGUUGGAGGAAUUGAUUUGUGUUUUGGGCGAUGGGACUGUCCUCAGCACCCAAUUGUCGAUGAUAGGCCGACUGGUUUCGAGAUGUCCGAGACUCCCAAGGAUGCAGAGCAUUGUCAGCUGUUCCCUGGUAAAGACUACUCCAACCCUCGAGUACAGGACUUCUUCAGACUCAACGAGCCUUAUGAAGAAAUGUAUGAUCGAACCAAGGUGCCGCGAAUGCCUUGGCAUGAUGUAGCUAUGCAAGUUGUUGGUCAGCCAGCAAGAGACUUGACACGCCAUUUCGUUCAACGUUGGAAUUACCUGCGCCGAGGACGCAAGCCGACUCGUCCUUUGCCCUUCCUACUUCCUCCACCUGACGCCAACAUGGAUGAGCUGAAGGAGCUUGGGCUUACUGGCACUUGCGAAGUCCAAAUUCUCCGAUCCGCUUCCACAUGGUCGCUAGGCAUCGAACAGACUGAACACAGUAUUCAGAAUGCCUACAUCAAGAUGAUUGAAGAAUCGGAUCAUUUCGUAUAUAUGGAGAACCAAUUCUUUAUCACCAGCACUGAAGCAUAUAACACCAGAAUUGUGAAUCGCAUUGGUGAUGCUCUAGUGGAGCGCAUCAUCCGGGCUCACAACAACGACGAGGACUGGCGAUGUGUCAUUGUUAUUCCCUUGAUGCCUGGUUUCCAAAACACAGUCGAUGAGCAGGAGGGCACAAGUGUUCGCCUGAUUCUGAUGUGUCAAUACGCAAGUAUCUGUAGAGGCGAGCAGUCCAUCUUCGGCCGACUUCGAGCCGCUGAUAUUGAGCCAGAGGAAUACAUCGGCUUCUUUUCGCUGCGUCAAUGGGGCAUCAUGAGCAACGAUGUCCUUGCUACUGAGCAGCUUUAUAUUCAUGCCAAGACAAUCGUUGUUGAUGAUCGUGUGGCCCUCAUCGGAUCUGCCAAUAUUAAUGAGCGAUCAAUGCUCGGUAGCCGCGAUUCCGAGUGCGCCGCGAUUGUUCGAGAUACUGAUAUGAUCAACUCUACGAUGGCCGGUAAGCCGUACAAGGUCGGCCGUUUCGCUCAUACAUUGCGACUUCGACUGAUGCGAGAGCAUCUUGGUCUGGAUGUUGACGAAAUCCUUGAGCAGGAGCGCCAAGCAGAGCUUGACCGCCAAGAUUUCGAACAGGAGAUGGACGAUAUCUAUCGCGAGGAGACUGGCGGCCCCGGCAACUCCUCAAAGCUAGCGGUGCCGCGCCCUGAGGCUCAACGAGUUCCAAGCAUCAACCACGAUCUUGACGCUGCCGUUGAAAUUGAGGAGAGCAGCAGCAGCAGCAGCAGUACCAACGGCAGCAAUGCGGAAGCGGAAAGCACAGUCGUUAUCGGAACAGAGAGCAAGGUGAAACAUGAAUUGGAUGUAAUUGGUUAUGGCCCCGAUCAUUGGAAGACUGCCGAGAAGGCUGGCCUUGAUGCAGGUCGCGACUCUGUCAUCAUCAAUGGCCGGGAAGUUCUUGUCAGCGAUAUCGGCAACGAAGGCAAGGGAACUCUGCAAUCGCCCAGGGAAGCGCAGCCGCACGCCCCUCAGCCUGAUAACAGAUACCUCGAGCCUGGAAACCAAAAUGACGGUCUGCCCCCGAUGCCAGCCUUGAACCGUCGCACAACAGAUCAACUUGGCCUACCUCGUGCCGCCCAGCUACCAACUUUGCCAGUUAGUGACGAUACUGAUAUUGGUGGUCCUCCCAUGCACAUCGACCCCGAAACAGGAAAGCCAGUCAGUGGUGGUUUCCACCCUAUGGCGGCAGACAUACAGCCUGCACAUAUCGACAAGGACUGCAUGGUAGACCCAGUCAACCCCAACUUCAUUGACGAUAUCUGGAACCUGGCUGCUGCAAACAAUACUAAGCUCUACCGCCGAGUGUUCCGCUGCAUGCCCGAUUCCGAGGUAAGCACUUGGGCAGAAUACCGCGAGUACACAAACUAUAGCGAAAGGUUCCGCAUGAGCAUGGAAGGCGGCGGUCGAUCCAGGGGUGAAGAGUCCGAGUUCCCCCCUACUUCAAGACAUCGUAACUCGACUGCUGGUGGCGCAGGUGUCAGUGCACCCGGACCAGAGGUCAUUGCCAAGGCUGCCGAGACAGAAGCGGAGAAGGCGGUUGGGAAAAUGACAGAGAAACUGCCUGGACACCAUGAUGAUGACAGGAUUAGGAUUGUCAUUCCUGAUGAGGGACAUCGAGGUGUCGACGAGAAGCAAGCGAUGAGAGAUGGUGAAGCUAUCACAUCACGACCCAACACCGGAUUGGAAAAUGAGAGUGCUGUUGAUACCCAGCACCCUGCUGAGGCACCAUCUCCUGUGUACCCAGCUGGUGAUACUCCAUUUCCUGCCUUCGACGGAGGCAACAGUGGAAGAUUCUUGGAUCCACAGACAGGAACCAAAGAUCGAGAGAGACGAACUACUUUCUCGACUCUCGAGAAACCAUCCUCAAGGGAUACUAAUGCCCCUCCACCGGGACAUAUCGGCUCGGUAAAGCGCAGACGCCGCGCAACCACUAAGAACAGUCGACGCGGCUUCAGUAUUGAUGAGAUGCCAACGCGAGGGCAAGCCGAAGAUCUUUUGAACAUGGUUCAAGGCAAUAUCGUACAAUUUCCUUAUGACUGGCUCCUCACAGAAGAGCAGAAUGGAAACUGGGGAUACCAAGUCGAUGGCGUUGCCCCCUUGGCCAUUUAG